AUACAAUUGUUGAUAAAGAAUUUUCGAAAAGGUGAUAAAUAAAAGUUGAUACACUUAUGCAUGCCUCAGCUGUGAAGUGUCUUAUCUCAGAAAUUUAAAGUGAUAUUUCGUAAGGUUGACCGCCAUUAUCAUAAUAUAAACACAAAGGACGUAGCCCAGUUUUGUCAUAUAGUUGUGGUCAGUAUUCAUAGCACAUGUGUGUGAAUUUUGAAUCAAACAAAAAUAACGAUUCUGAAAGUGGUGUAUGAUGGAAAAUAAUGUUAAGUUAAAAUAUGUGAAGAAAACAAAUAUUGAAAAUGGAAUUGAUCAGAAAAAUGAUGAAAAAAACAAAUCUGAUUCUUAUGAUGAUACAAAAAGAGGACCAAGUGAAGCAUUUAAAAAUGGUGUAAAAAAAGAUGAAAAAUCAUUAGAAAGCAUGGACAAAGGGACAGAAGGGAAAGACAAGGAUGCUAAAAAUGAUGGAAAACCAGAUGGACCGCCCCCAGCCACACUGGGACAAUUGUUCCGCUAUGCUACAUGUGUGGACACAAUCUGUAUCGUGUUUGGUUCCCUGUUUUCACUCGCUCAUGGAGCUGGAUGGCCAGUUUUGUCCAUUGUUAUGGGUCAGAUGACAGACACUUUUGUAGCAGGACCAAAUGGCUCGUUGAUACCUCCAGGCCCAAAUUCCACACACAAUCCUAAUGUUACUGUAGAAUCUUUUGAAGAUAAGAUGACAACAUAUGCUUUAUACUACUUAAUCAUUGGUGGAGUAGUACUACUCUCUGGUUAUUUACAGAUUGCAUGUUUUAUGACAGCCUGUGAGAGACAAGUAAACAAGAUUAGAAAACAAUUUUUCCAAGCUAUAUUACGGCAGGAGAUUGGCUGGUUUGAUAAACAUCAGAGUGGUGAAUUGACCACCAGAUUAUCUGAUGAUUUAGAAAGAGUGAGAGAAGGCAUAGGAGACAAGCUAAGUCUUCUGAUACAGUUCGUAGCUCAGUUUUUUGCUGGAUUUGCCAUUGGAUUUUAUAAAAGUUGGAAGAUGACCUUAGUUAUGAUGUCACUGACACCUCUACUGGCCAUUCUGGGUGGUUAUUUCUCAGCACUGAUGCAAAACUUUGCCAAAAGAGAACAAGCCUUAUAUGCUGAUGCUGGCAGUGUAGCAGAAGAAGUUAUAUCCUGUAUGAGAACUGUGGUAUCAUUUAAUGGUCAAAAACAGGAAGUGAAAAGAUACGGAAAAUCUUUGGAAGAAACAAAACAAAUAGGUAUAAAGAAAUCUAUGGUAACUGGUUUGUUGCUUGGUAGUUUAUAUCUUGUGAUGUUUGGAGAUUACGCACUGUCAUUUUGGUACGGAAAUGAACAAGUCAAAGAAUACAUUACAUCUAACGGAGCAGAGGGUAUCACACCUGGAACAGUCCUUACAGUAUUCUUCUGUGUAAUGAUUGGUAGUUUCUCAAUAGGAAAUGCAGCACCAAACAUUGGUUCCUUUGUAACAGCCAAAGGGGCUGCAGCUGUUGUGUAUGAAAUCAUUGACAGAAAACCAGAAAUAGAUGCCAGUUCUGAGAAAGGACAACGCCCACUGUCAAUACAAGGAGCAUUACAGUUUCUUGGUGUGAAUUUUACUUAUCCUACAAGAGAAGAUGUACAGGUGCUGACUAAUUUCAACUUGUCAAUAAAACCUGGACAAACUGUAGCUUUGGUAGGAUCCAGUGGCUGUGGUAAAUCUACCAUAGUUAAUCUCAUACAGAGGUUCUACGACCCAGAUGCAGGACAGGUUUUACUUGAUGGUAACAACAUAAAAGAUUUAAAUUUGAACUGGUUACGACAGAACAUCGGUGUGGUUUCUCAGGAACCAGUCUUGUUUGGCUGCACCAUUGCCGAGAACAUCCGACUAGGGAAUCCUAAUGCAACCAUUACAGAAAUAGAACAAGCUGCCAAACAAGCCAAUGCACAUGACUUCAUAAAAAGUCUUCCUCAGAGUUACAACACACUAGUUGGAGAGCGUGGAGCUCAGUUAUCGGGAGGGCAGAAACAACGAGUAGCCAUUGCCAGAGCUUUGAUUAGAGACCCACGAAUAUUAUUGCUGGAUGAAGCUACAUCUGCAUUGGACUCUGAGAGUGAGAACAUUGUACAGGAAGCCCUAGAAAAGGCAAGACAGGGAAGAACAACCUUGGUGAUAGCACAUCGUCUGUCCACCAUACAGAAAGCAGACAUUAUAUAUGUGGUGGAUAAAGGAGAGAUUAUAGAACAGGGAACUCAUGGUGACUUAAUGGACAAACAAGGACUGUAUCAUUCACUGGUCACUGCACAGACAUUGGUUAAUGAAGAUACAGGAUUUCAAAAUGAGUGUGAGGAUGCUGAGUUAGCACUAGAUGAGGAUGAGGAAGAGGAAGCUGCAGAUGCUGUACCAGAUCAAACAGUUAAACGACAAAGAUCAAGAAUGAAAUCUACAUCAUCAGAUGACAAAUCACCACAAAAAUUGUCACGACAACUCUCCCGACAGACAUCAGGACUGUCUGAUGGCAAGGAUAAAACUGACAAAGAGGAGGAACCUGAAGAACAAGAAGAAUAUGAACCACCGAAGUACUUCCGUAUGAUCCAUGAAAAUCAACCAGAAUGUGCAUUUAUUGUCCUUGGGAUUAUGGCUUCGUGUGUAGCUGGAUGUACGAUGCCAGCAUUUGCUAUAUUCUUUGGAGAAAUGAUUAAGGUAUUCAUAGAGCUUGGAAAUAAUGGACUUUUAUGGAGCAUGAUGUUUUUGGCUCUUGGAGGAAUAAACUUUCUGGUCUAUUUUGUACAGGCUUCUAGUUUUGGUAUUUCUGGUGAAAGAUUAACUCAGCGUCUCAGGCUCGGUACAUUUAAUGCCUACAUGAGACAAGAUAUAGCUUUCUAUGAUGACAAGUUCCACUCCACCGGAGCUCUAACAACUAGACUGGCUACAGAUGCAUCCCUAGUAAAAACAGCAACUGGUGUGAGAAUUGGAAUGGUUUUCCAGUCAUUGUUUGGACUGGUAGCAGCCCUGGUUAUAGCCUUCUAUUAUGGGUGGGCUCUAGCUCUUGUUGUACUUGGCAUUGUACCAGUAAUUGGUUUUGCAAGUAGUCUACAAAUAAAAGUUUUAAAGGGAAGACAUGAGGAAGAUAAAGGCAAACUAGAGGAAGCUGGGAAGACAGCUGCAGAAACUAUUGAGAAUAUCAGAACUGUCCAGUCCUUGACCACAGAGAAACAUUUCUAUCAUGAAUAUUCACAUUCUCUUGUGGGACCACUAAGAUCUAUGAUAAAGCAAGCCCACUGGUAUGGAAUAGCAUUUGGUUUAGGUCAAGGUGUUAUUUUCAUGACCUAUGCUGGUGCCUUCAGAUUUGGUGCAUGGCAAGUGGAGAUAGGAGAAAUGACUGCUGAUAAUGUGUUCAAAGUGUUCUUUGCUAUUGCCUUCACUGCUAUGGUUAUUGGACAAUCAUCAUCAUUUCUGCCAGAGUAUUCAAAGGCAAAACAUGCUGCUGGAUUAAUUUUCAAAGCAUUUGACACUGUACCGUCUAUAGAUAUAUACUCCAAAAGAGGAACUUAUCUGCAAAAAGUGGAUGGUUUGAUACAGUUUAAAGAUGUCAAUUUCUGUUACCCAACUAGACCAGAGGUAAAGGUCUUGAAGGGAGUUAAUAUGAAGGUGGAGCCAGGACAGACUGUGGCUCUUGUGGGACAGAGUGGAUGUGGCAAGUCUACAGUUAUCUCCCUUUUACAGAGGUUCUAUGAUCCUGAGUCAGGGGAAAUUAUGAUAGAUGGUAUAGAUAUAAAAGACCUACAUCUUCACAAAAUGAGGUCGUUUAUUAGUGUGGUCAGUCAGGAACCAAUCCUGUUUAAUUGUAGUAUCAGUGACAACAUAGCUUACGGUUUGGAGGAAACAGCAGGAAUGGAUGAUGUUAUUGCUGCUGCUCGAGAUGCUAAUAUACAUGAGUUUAUCACUAGUCAGCCUAUGGGUUAUGACACAAUAGUUGGUGAGAAGGGGACACAACUGUCUGGUGGACAGAAGCAGCGAGUUGCCAUAGCAAGAGCCUUGAUUAGAAAUCCCAAAAUUCUCUUGUUAGACGAGGCUACAUCAGCAUUAGAUUCAGAGAGUGAAAAGUUGGUACAAGAAGCAUUAGACAAAGCACAAGAAGGUCGUACGUGUAUUGUGAUAGCCCAUCGUCUUUCUACGAUUCAGAAUGCUGAUGUGAUCUUUGUAAUGGACAGUGGCGCCAUUGUAGAAAGUGGAACCCACCAGACUCUCUUAGCGAAGAAAGGAGUGUACAAUUCGUUAGUUAGUGCACAGCAGUUUAUAAAAUAGUAUUUAAGAUAUAUUUAGGAUUUUUUAAUUUGUUUGUACUUUUUAAAAGUUAGUUUAAACAUAUAUUAAUAGUGGAUUUGGAAACAAGUUAUUGCAACUUAUAUAAAUCCCUUUCCACUUUGCAGGUGCGAGUGCUGCCUUGUAGCGGCAUUAGCCUACUCUUUUUCAAAAUCUACAAGGGUAUAAAAGUUAUAUAAUGAAAAGUAAGGUUACAUGACCUCAUUUUCAGGAUUUUUGUUCUUACUGGUACAUUGUAUAUGUAUUGUUAGUUACAAUCUUAUAAUAUUUUUUAUUUUAGGCUUCAAAACUUAACUCCAUGAAAUAGAUGUAUUUACAGUUGUAUGUAAAUUUGUCCACCAUUACUUAAAAUCAUACAAGUUCCCGUAAUAUUUGACAUCACAAUUUAAAAGUAUUUAAUAUGAUAAUUGAAAAGUGAUUAUUGGUCUAUGUCAGAAGGUUAUUGGUGCAAAUCUAAGGUCAUUUAGAUACAUGAUUCAGCUAAAUACCAAAAGUGUAAAAAUGUUUAUUCAUCAUUGCCAUGUUUCUCUUGAAAUUUUAUUUUUUUUUUUAUCAUGGGCUUAUUUUUAU